AUGCCAAUAAGAAGACCGCCUUUGCUGACGUGGAGGAAUCAACAACCUAGAAGGUACCUGAAUAUCGAGAUUAUCCGCAAGAUUCACGUAUCCAAACAGCCGCCGAAUAGUAGGUUUGCAGUUGGGACGUUCGAAGAGCCUGGCGACACUACUCUUAAGUCUGGCGACACUAUUCCUGAGUUAGGCGACAGUUUUCCUGAGUCCGGCAAGGAAGGCAAGGUCGAUGUCUUUGAGCUAGAUGAACCCGACGACAACGAUCCGAACGCUUGA